UUUAACCAUCAACCAGAUUUUCUUCUUCUUCUUCUCCAGUAAGAAAAUCUAGCCUCUAAUCCUACUUCGCUCGAGCUCGCGCGCACUCUCUGAUUUCCCUCUCUUGCUUAUUGAGAGCGAGCAGAGCAACUUAGCUUCGAAGACUAUUAUCAGCCCGUGGAAGGCCAUCAGCUGUGAAUUUGUAUACUGAAAAUUUAUUGGAUGGCCACCAUUCCUUGUGGAAAUACAUUGGUUGCUCAAUGGGGUAUUCGUCCUCAAUUUAUGCUAAGGUCCUAUCUUACCAACAGGAUAGCGAUGCCCCUGAACUGUAAUUCCAACAAAAUGAGCUUUUUGGCGGCAUCAGGCUCAAGCUUAUUUUCACAUGACUCCUUUCCGUUGUUAUCUUUUAUUGGGCCAUCUCAGACUUCGCAUCAGCGGAGAGGAUCACGAUUUACAGUUCGAGCUGAUGCGGAUUACUACUCUGUCCUUGGUGUAUCAAAAAAUUCUAGCAAAUCUGAAAUUAAAAGUGCUUAUCGGAAACUAGCAAGGAGUUAUCAUCCAGAUGUGAAUAAAGAUCCUGGUGCAGAAAAAAAGUUUAAGGAAAUUAGUAAUGCCUAUGAGGUUUUGUCUGAUGAUGAGAAACGAUCUUUGUAUGAUAAGUACGGAGAGGCUGGACUUAAGGGGGCUGGCAUGGGCAUGGGGGAUUUCAGCAAUCCUUUCGAUUUGUUCGAGUCUCUGUUUGAGGGCAUGGGUGGCAUGGGAGGUAUGGGUGGCAUGGGCGGUAGAGGUUCUAGGAGCAGAGCAGUUGAUGGCCAGGAUGAAUAUUACAGUCUUGUUUUAAAUUUCAAGGAUGCAGUUUUUGGAGUAGAAAAAGAAAUUGAAAUAACUCGACUUGAGAGCUGUGGUACUUGCAAUGGUUCUGGUGCAAAACCGGGGACAAAGCCAUCUACAUGCAGUACAUGUGGUGGGCAAGGUCAAGUUGUCUCAUCGGCAAGAACUCCAUUAGGUGUCUUCCAGCAAGUAAUGACAUGCUCUUCAUGUGGUGGAACUGGCGAGAUUUCUACGCCUUGCAACACUUGUUCUGGAGAUGGACGGGUGAGAAGGACAAAGCGUAUUAGUCUGAAAGUGCCAGCUGGUGUAGACUCUGGUAGCCGUUUAAGAGUCCGUUCUGAAGGUAAUGCUGGAAAGAGAGGAGGGGCUCCUGGUGACCUGUUUGUUGUUAUUGAAGUAAUCCCAGACCCAGUCCUAAAACGCGACGACACAAACAUAUUAUACACCUGCAAGGUAUCAUAUGUGGAUGCAAUCUUGGGGACAACAAUCAAAGUGCCAACAGUUGAUGAAAUGGUUGAUCUGAAGAUCCCACCUGGAACCCAGCCAAAUACCACACUUGUAAUGGCGAAGAAGGGAGUCCCGGUGCUGAAUAAAAGCAACAUGAGGGGUGAUCAGUUAGUUCGCGUCCAGGUUGAAAUUCCUAAAAGAUUGAGCAAUGAAGAGAGAAAACUCAUUGAGGAGCUUGCGGAUCUCAGCAAGGCCAAGACAGCAAACAGUAGGAGAUAGUUGCCUGGUUGUCAUUCUCAUUCAGUGUCCAUCUGUUGUAAAUUAUAUCUACCGCCAUCAACCAGUUUCUCCUUUUCACAGGUAUUAAGAGUUUGAGUGAGCCUUUUCACAUGUCGAAGGAGAAUGUCACAAUCCGAGCUUGCUUGAAUUGCAGGAUGAGUAGGCAGUGCUUGUAGUAGCAGCAGUAGGUAAAAAAAAAAAAACAUGUUUUGUUAUAAUUUUGUCGCGGAUUUUGAAUUUAUUUGAGAAGGGAGGUGAAACAGAAGGUAAAAAUAGGAAAACUGGAGGGAUGCAUGCCCCUCUUUCUCUUUGAUUUUGCUUUUGCUUUAGAUUGGAAUCCACACCUACUUUCUUAUUAA